AUGUUUUUGGCUGAGGUGAAUCCGCCCAUUUUAUCAAAUUCUAGAGCUUUACAACAGUCUCUGUUUUCUCUGCUUCAGAACUGCAAAAGCAGUAAUGAACUCACUCAAAUUCAUGCACAGAUAGUAGUAAAUGGCUUUUCCCAGAAGAACUAUAUCCUUGCCAAGCUAUUAUCUUUCUGUGUCACCUCUGGGAACCUCAUCCAUGCCCAGAAAGCUUUUGAACAGGUUAGGAAACCGAGUACCAUUGUAUGGAACCAGAUGAUCAGAGGCUAUGCUUGCAGCAUAGCGCCGCACGAGUCUGUAAAGCUCUACAAUAAGAUGGAAUCGACGGAAACCAAACCUGAUACUUUCACCUACUUGUUCCUUCUCAAUGCCUGUGCGAGACCUUCGUUCUUGAGGGUAGGGGAGCAGCUACAUGGGAGACUUCUGUCAAAUGGGUUAUUCGCUAACAUUUUCGUGCAGACAAAUUUACUCAAUAUGUACGCCAUAGCCGGAGGGGACGCUAGUGUUCUCAAGGCCCGUCGGGUGUUUAAUGAGAUGUCAGAGAGGAACGUUGUGACUUGGAAUUCAAUGCUAGCAGGGUACUUUAGAUAUGGAGACAUCGAUGCUGCAAGGCGAAUAUUUGAUGAUAUGCCGGAGAGAAAUACAGUCUCGUGGACGACCAUGAUCGCCGGCUGUGCUCAGUCUGGGAGAUGCAACCAAGCCCUGGCAUUAUUCCGGGAGAUGCAGAGGGCCCAUGUGGAAGUCGACCAAGUGACAAUGGUAGCAACAUUAUCAGCUUGUGCUGAACUGGGAGACUUGAAAACAGGGAGGUGGAUUCACUCGUACAGUGACAAGGCUUUCCCUUUCAGAAGCCAACAGCGACUGGUAUCUCUAAAUAAUGCGCUUAUACACAUGUAUGCAAGUUGCGGAGUUGUUGAAGAAGCUUACAGAGUGUUCAAAGAGAUACAACAUAGAACUACCGUAUCUUGGACAACUAUGAUCACAGGUUUUGCAAAGCAAGGGUGCGGAGAAGCAGCUCUUGGUAUCUUUCGAUGGAUGCAAAGCGUGGCAGCAGAAGAAGGAAUUAAGCCCGAUGAGAUAACAUUUAUUGGGGUGCUUUGUGCCUGCAGCCAUACAGGGCGUGUUGACGAGGGCCGCUAUUAUUUUCAGUGCAUGACUACAGACUUUGGCAUUGAGCCAUGGAUCGAGCACUAUGGUUGCAUGGUUGAUCUGCUAAGUCGUGCAGGUCUAUUGGAUGAAGCACAGAAGCUGAUUGAAACCAUGCCCAUGGAGCCAAAUGGUGCUGUAUGGGGUGCUCUUCUUGGUGGGUGCAGGAUUCACAAGGACGUAGAGCUGGCUUCCCAUGUUGCUCGACAGUUGAUGACAGAGCUUGAACCAGAUGGAGCUGCAGGCUAUUACGUACUUUUGUCGAAUGUUUAUGCGACUGGUAAGAGGUGGCGUGAUGUUGCUACCGUGAGGCAGCAGAUGGCUGAGAUGGGUGUGAGAAAGCCUCCAGGUCGUAGUUGGAUCCAAGUUGAUGGAAUCAUCCAUGACUUUGUGGCAGGAGAUUCUACCCACAAGGAUGCAGUCGCUAUAUAUGAGAUGGUUGAUGAGAUCACAAGGCGGGCCAGAUUGGAAGGCUAUGCCCCAAAACCAUCAGAUACAGAGGUGCUGGUAACCGUAGAAUUAGAGGAAAGGGAAGAACUCGUCUAG